GUCUCCACUCUGAAAAAGUUGGGGGACUGACACGGCGAUCAGGAGCAAAAUGGACAGGAUGGAACGUUGCAAUGGAGAAGGUUCACAAGCGGUCAGCCUGAUUCGGCGAUUCCGGAAGGCAGGAUUGGGCAUGAUAGGCGGCAUGGGUAAAGAUUCAUCGUUUAUUGACAUGCACCGCAACAAGCCUUGGCUGCUGUUUGUGAAGGGGCAGAGUUCCCUUGAAGUCUGGAACCAUGAAGAUGGCACACGGAUCGCCAAAUGGAAAGUAAACAAAUAUGGCAAUUUGGUUUCUGGAAGAUUUUUCCCGAAGGACGAUUGGAUUUUGGUAAUGUGUGAACAAUCGUGGGUUGUGUAUCAGUAUGAGGCCAUCGGUUCCAACUUCAGCAAAGCAUUUCUAGACAAAGGCGAUAGCAGUCUACUUGUGGACAUAGCUGUCCAUCCAUUUCUUCCUUAUCUGCUGAUGUGUGCUAACCAUCGAUAUGAUAACGUUAAGCUGUUGAACUGGGAAUUCACUCCACCCAAAACUCUGUCUCUGGACUAUACGGUACUGGCGGGCCAUGUCAGUGGAGCGAGGAUGGCGGCAUUCCAUCCCCAAAAAUCGCACAUCUUUGCAAGUCUGUCCGUCGCUGGGGAGAUAAUGGUGUGGAAAAUAGGGAGAGAGGAACCAACCCAAACGAUCGAGGGCCACCCGCAGAUUCGUAAUUUCCAAUUCUGCAAUAAUGUCCAUCAGUCGCAUCUCGUCACAGGCGGAUCGGGUGGUUACUUGCGAAUCUGGGACUACACAACGGGUGCGUGUGUGGCCAACUUGACACGCAAUGCUGGCACGGUUGCCAUUCGUUCCGCGUUCUUCCAUCCACGCUUUCCAUACAUCUUCAGUGCGGGGAGUGACGGCAUCGUUCGAGUUUGGAACGAGUUGAACUACACACCACUUCUGUCCUACUCUAGUGAAUUGGAGAACCUGUGGAGCAUGGCUUCUUCCAAGCAAUGUGAUGAGCUUGUUCUCGGAGGCGACGGAACGCUCCUUGUGCUAGAAGUUACCUCCCUAGAAAAUGUGAGGGCAGAAUACGAGACGGCGGUUGAUGAAAAGACUGCAGAAUACGAGAGGAAGCUCGACACGAUGACUGCAGAAUACGAGAGGCAGCUCGACACAACCAGGGCAGAAUACGAGAGGAAGCUCUACGAAAGGACUGAAGAUUACGAGAGGGCCAUGGAAUUGUGGCAGGGUCUCUCUUAUGCUGCAGAGAGGGAACAAGAAACGAAAAAGCAGUUGGAAGAAAGAUUAGAAAAGGAGGUGAACGCGCGGAAAAUGUCAGAUAAAUCCAACGCAGAGUACGGAGAAUUAAAAAAAUCACUGCUAAAGAUCAUUGAGGUGGAAGCUUCUUCAAAGAGAUUGUUAGAAACGAGCUAUGAAAGAUCCAAGCAGAGGGUAGGGGAACUCGAAGGAGCACUAGAAGCGGAGAUCCAAGCACGAAAAGUGUCUGAUAGGUCCAGGGCAGAGCUGGAACAGAAUGUGACAGGGAAGGAUGAGAGGAUACACCAGUUAGAAGCAGAGAGGGAAGAGAUGGAAAAGAAGUUGGAAAUAUCCGAUGAGCGCAUAGCAGAGCUUGAACGGGAAGGAAGACUGAAAGAGGAGAGGAUCCACCAGCUUGAGGCAGAAAGAACAGAGCUGGUUGAGGCGCUUAGUGCAUUUGAGCGGAAGAAUGGAGAACUGGAAGAUAGGUUCGACAAGGAGGUCGAUCUGCGACGGAGAUCUGAGGAAGCCAGAACGAAGCUCGAAGAGGAGGGCAGAGCGAAAGUAGAGAAGAUUCAUCGGUUGGAGGCUGAGGCAGUUGUGUUAGCAAAGUCACUGGAAACUGCAAGACAGAAGCCCGAGGAGGUCAUGGAAUCAAGGCUAGAAAAAGACACAGACAUUCAAAAGACAAUGGCGAGCUCACCUGAACAGGCUGCCAUUGAUCGCCCAUUUCAGGAGUAUUCCUUCAGCGAUCUGGUUCGUGCAACAGAGAACUUCAGUAGCGAGAGGAAACUAGGGGAGGGCGAUCAUCAUGGUGGGGCAUACCGGGGUGAACUGCACAUUAAAACUCCUGUGAUAGUGAAGAAACUCCCAAUCAAGGGAACCGAGAUGAGUCAUCAUGAUGAUACCCAGCUCAAGACACAGGUAGUGGACAAGCUGAGGUCCCUACGUCACCCCCAUGUGCUGACCCUCUUAGGAGUCUGCUACGGUGACGAAAGAUGCUUGAUUUACGAGCACAUGAGAAAUGGAAGCGUGAAGGAAUGGCUUUUGUCUGGCAAAUCGAAAGCGCUUCCAUGGUAUGUUCGCUUGCGGGUCAUGGGAGAGGUUGCUCGAGGUCUGGCCUUCCUUCACUUGAAUCGGACGGCGACAGGUCAUGCGAUUAUCCAUUGUGCUGUUAACCCGGUAAAUAUUUUUUUGGACGACAACUUUGUGGCAAAGCUCGGUGAGGUUGACGAGACACUGCUUGCCUCUGAUGUCUCUGCUGGCGCACAAACUCCAAAGCUCGGGCCGAUUCUGGCAAAAGGCUCCCAGUACGUAGCACCUGAAUGCUUUAGGUCAGGGAUCUUCGACGAAAAGACGGACAUCUACGCACUCGGGGUCACUAUGCUGGAAAUGGUGACAGGGAAAUUGUGUAAUGCAGUUGGAAUCGUCGAAGGUGCAAUAGAAGACGACGCGGUUUUCAAAACUGUCCUUGACCAAAAUGCAGGCGAUUGGGACAUUGCUCCUGCUCGUGGAGUCGCACGCUUGGGGUUGAGUUGUGCCAGCCUCGACAGACGACAAAGGCCUGAUAUGAUAGGUGAAGGCGGGGGGAUUGUUCCUUCGCUGGAGGCAGUUGCUCUCAAGCUGAAAGCCGCAUAGUCAUUGAGAGAGAGUCUUACUGCGGGAGGAAGUCACUUCCAGACCAGGUGAGUUAGAAUUUUCUUGAAGGACUGAUGAUGCUGGCAAAGC